UUCAAUAAAUUCAAUAAGUAAAACGAUAUUAUAAAGUAGCUUAGAGCUAAAAGAUUCUCCACAUGCCAAUAACACAUCAAGGUCACCAAAGUACCAGACAAUAGUUUCAAACAACAAAAAAUCACAAUCAAAAUUCAAAAGCUUCAAAAUAAAACUGUGAUAUCAAAAUGGUUCAGUAGAUUCGGCAAGAAAUUCAAAAUCAUCUAGCAAUGCUCCAUGAUUUAGUCCAACCAUGCUCUUCUUCAUGGAUCAACAUUCAAUAUUCCCAUCGUGAUUAAUCCUACAAAAACAUAUAAAUAAUAAUCAAGACAAGCUAAGGUAACUGAUCUAAGGUUCUAAAGAACAAUUUUAUUUGUUUUAAAUUUGUUUUGUAUAGAAUAGGUACCACUAUGUGUAGUGUGCCUCAACAAGAACCCUAGGAAUUUCCACUUAGAGAAGAGCUCAAAACUCAAACCGAAGAAGCUUAAGAAGAAAAAGGCAAGAGCAAAACAAAAACCCCAUAAACAAACGGAAGGAACUACUGCAAUGGAAGAGUAAAUUGCAAAAUUGUAAUGUCGGAAUUUAAGCUAUAGAAUCUUGUACAUUCUAUCAGCAACUAUAGAUAAAAUGUUUUAUUUUCCCUUUCUGCUCUUUCUUUACUUUCUUUUCUUUUAAUUCCUGAAGAUAAAGACAGAUGGAAUUACAAAACUAGUUGGUUGCCGACGCACUCACCUUUACGGGAGGUCUCGGGUUUGAAACUAAAUGGAGUGAGUUUCAGCCCUGAUUACUCUAGGUCCCCCCAGACCCCCUCCCCAAACGCCCCCUGGAGUAAACAAAAAAUACAAAACUAGUUGUGCUACAUCUGUAACUAGUUCUCAAUAUCUACCCAUGGUUCAAGCCUUUGACUAUUAGUUAUUAAUUAACAAACUAAAGAGUAACUAGUUACAGUGAACUUACCUCAUUGUUACCAUCUGAAUCAUAAAACACUGGUGAUAGUGAUCCAUCUCCUUUUUCUUGUAAAACAAACAUUUUAAAAUAAUUAACAUAAAGUAUAAAAAAAUCACUAAGCAUUAAGUAAAUAAAUUACCAUUCAAUCAGCGAGAAUCCAACUUUGUGCACACAUUAAAGCUUCAAUAGUUUCUUCUUUAAGUCUGCUGCGAUGAGGACCAAUCAACUAUCCACUAGUGCUAAAUGUGGACUCUGAAGCAACAGUAGAAAGAGACACAUCCAAAAUAUCUCUUGCAAUUUGACUUAAAAUAAGGUACUUACUCUUGUUUGACUUCCACCAACUUAAAACAUCAAAAUCAGUCACGCGGGGCAGAAUAUCAUCCUCUAAGAAGAGAUCAAUCUGUAACCUAGUACUUUUUCUUUUUCUUUGAGAACCAUACAAGUUAAAAUCACACAAAGAAAUACUUUCAGUUUGUUGUCGUGCUCUUCGUACUGUUUCACCAACUCACGACAAAAAUCAACAACUUUCUCAACUUCAAGUUCAGAACUAUUAGAGAAAAUCUUCCCAAAAUAGUACUCUAGAAUCAAUAACUUAUACCUAUGAUCAAGAACAACUGCAACACCCAUAAUCCCAUGCACAACCGACCAAUACUUAUCAAACUUUGAGGUCAUCUUAGAAGCCAUGGGUUGCACAGUUGGUAUGCUGCAUGAAAUCCAAUGAUUUAAAGCAAGUUUGAUCUCACAAACAGUUGAGAAAAACAAAUUUGCAGUAGGCGGUGAUUUAUAUUUCUAAUCAUGAUUCUUCAAACGAGAAAAGACAUCUUUGUAUUCCAAAGCAACAUCUAACAUUAUGUAAGUUGAGUUCUAACGUGUCUUAUAGUCAAGAGAGAGCUUUUUACAAUUUUACCUAGUGAAAUGCGUAGCUGACGAGCUGUAUCCUCAAAUUUCUCCCAUCUCUUUGGUGUUCCCUUCCAAUAGGAUGCACUGUCUCGCACUUUCUCAAUUGCUCCAUGAAUGGUAUCCAACCCAUCUUUCACAACCAGGUUCAGUAUAUGCGCACGACAACACAUAUGGAGUAAGUUUCCACCGAGGAGUAGAGAAUCUAAAGAAAGCUUUCCUUUGACCAAGUCAAGCAUAGCAUCAUUUGUAGAACAAUUAUCCACAGUGAUAGUGGAUAAUUUGUUGUCUAUGUUCCACUCAAGCAAGCAAGUGUAAAGAGCUUCAGAAAGUACUUCAGCGGUAUGGAGGCUCUCUUCGCGAUGAAAAAGAAGAAGGAGAGGGCGCAGGCCCAGAAGAAGGAGAAGAAGGAGCCCUCGGGUCAAAAGCCCAUUGAUGAGGUUUUCCCGAAGGAGACCGCGGAGCCUUCAGUUGCUGCUGCUCCCGCUACUGUGGCCGGGGGACCGAAGGCCGAUGUGGCGGCCAAGAAGAAAAAGGGAGACAAGGGGGUGGAGCCCCUGAUCAAGAAGCAGAAGGUUGCCGGGGGCGCCGUUGAAAAGGCGGCCCCCCUCAUAGUAAUCGAUGAGCAGCCCUCCGCUGACCCCCCGGCCAUUGACACUCUGAUGGCUCAAACAGACCUUCCCCCGGGGAACCUGCCUCGGGAGAUUAUUCAGCUCUCCCUCGCUCCGGGGGCAUCUGUGUUGCACGGUUCAGCCGAGUCGAUGUCUUUCCUGAGGGGGAUUACCUCGAUGAUGGAUAAGGAAGCCCUCUCCACCUAUGACGAUGACGCCCUCGAAGCCAAGGCCCUUCGAUCAGCUCUGACUGCGUGUAUAACCUUCGGUGAGCAGGCCCGAAGGCGAGAGGAGUGGUGCCGUCAUAAGGCCGAGCUAGAGAAGUCCGUGAAGGAGCUAAUUCAUGACAAGGACGCUGCCCUCCGGGAGGUGUGCAAGUUGGAGGACGCCCUUCGGCAAGCGGAGCUGCGGCUGAAGGAGGCCAGAGAUGACGGGAAGGCCGAGGGCAGGGUAGAGGCCGAGAGGGUUGCGGCCGAGGAGAGAAAGCAAGCGGCUGAGGACGCCGAGAAGGCCAAGGCUGAAGCUGCUGUCAAAGCCCGAGAAGAGGCCAUCGCUGGGUUCACCUCCGAGGGCUGGAAGGCCGAGGGCCAGAGCGAGUGGGUGGCCUCUGUGGUGAAGGCCUCGAUCGAGGAGUGGGUGAGGGGCCCCGGGCUCGACUGGAUGAAUGAGAGGGGUGACACCUACUAUCAAGCUGGCGAGUUCUUCACCCAGCACCUGGUUUACCGGAGGCUCGCCCGGCAUUUUGGCACCUCCCUGGAUGAGUUCAACCCCUCAGUGUAUGGCCUCCCCCCGUUGCAGCCAGACGUGAGGGUCCCCCUCCCCGAGGGAGAAGAGCGCCCGGUGAUUCAUGAUUCCAUGAUGAUGGGCGUCGAUGAUGAUGCCGAGGACGCCACCGGGACGGAGGUUGCCUCGAAGCCAAUCGGGGGAGGCGGCCCCCGGGAAUGAUGUUGUUGAUAUGUAAUACGCAUUCAGUAAACAUUUAUUUGUAAUGGUGACACUAUUGAUCCUUCGGCUUCGGCCUGUUUGUAACCUUUACUCGUAAGUACAUUUGCUCCUUCUUUGAUGGUUGAAUGAUUGCCUUCGGGCUUUGUAUAUAUGACUUGUUUUCUCCAA